UGGAUCAAAAACACAUCAGGGCGCCCCUAUGAUAAGACGCACCCCGCUGAAUGCAACAUCGGGAAAGCUGUUGCGACUUGAGAUCCCGGGAUUCGGUCCCAGUUCCGCCAAUCAGCGGCUCUGUACGAUAUUGGCGCGGCAUAAGGCUCUCCUGAAUACUUCUCUCUUCAGGUGGCCAUAGCCAAGCUUGAAAAGAUGGCUUCUUCGGUCGAUCACAUCCCGACCUUAGCACGUUCCUGGAGAGCCACGGCGAGCUGAGCCUGGCCUGAGUACGUUGCCAACAUGGAGCUCCGGUCCUUCUUUCGUUUCUUCGCCCUCUCUGCUUCCGUCUUCGCUCCAGGUGCCCUUGCAGCGUUUGGCUAUACGUCGUCUGGUAACAACUUCGUCAUCGAUGCCGGCUCUGCCAACCCCUUGGUCUUCUCCGUGAGCAAGUCUAGCUGUGAUAUCAACUCGAUCAAGUACCGCGGCACCGAACUUCAGUAUGGCGGCAAGGGCAGCCACAUCAGCUCCGGCCUCGGGUCGGCAACUGUCUCGGUCAGCCAGAUCAGCGGGUCGUCCAAGUACAUCAAGGUCACAUGCGUGACAUCGACGCUGACCCAGUACAUGGUCGUCCGGGAAGGCGAGAGUAUCAUCUACAUGGCCACGUACAUCACGGCCGAGCCUUCGAUUGGCGAGCUGCGCUUCAUCGCGCGUCUCCUGCCCGACAGGCUACCGUACGAGUACCCCUACGGCGAGGUUUCGACCACGGCCGGCUCCAGUUCGACGGUGGAGGGCUCGGACGUCUUCGUGGUCAACGGGCAGACGAGAUCCAAGUUCUACUCGUCCACGAGGUUCAUUGACGAGGAUUCGCACUGUGUCUACGGGGGCAGUGACCUGAUCCACGUCUGCAUCAUGACGCCGCAGCAGGAGUCUUCCUCGGGCGGGCCCUUCUUCCGCGACAUCGAUUCUAACAACGCCGGCGAUUCCACCAACCUCUACAACUACAUGAACAGCGGCCAUGUGCAGACCGAGGCGUUCCGCACGGGCCUGCACGGUCCGUACGCGAUGCAGUUCUCGCGGUCCGGGAUCCCCAGUGUGAAGAGCCUUGAUGUCUCCUGGUUUGGAGAGGUCUCCGUCACGGGCUAUGUGCCUGCAUCUGGCCGCGGGACCGUCAAGGGAACGGCCACCGGUGUGCAGAGCGGCAUGCAGGGUGUUGUGCACUGGUACAACAGCGCGGCGCAAUACUGGGCCAAGACGUCCUCGAACGGUGCCUUCACCUCGCCGCUGAUGAAGCCGGGCACUUACACCAUGGUGCUGUACCAGACGGAAUUCAAGAUCGCCACCAGCACCGUCACAGUCUCGGCCGGGAAGACCACGACGCAGAACAUUGCCGGCACUUUCAACACAUCGCGCAACACGCUCUUCCAGAUCGGCGACUACGACGGCCAGCCGACGGGCUUCCGCAAUGCCGACAAGUUCCUCCGGAUGCACCCAUCCGACAGCCGCAUGGACAGCUGGGGCCCCCUGACGUACACGGUCGGCAGCUCGAAGCUCUCCGACUUCCCCAUGGCCGUCUUCCAGGCCGUCAACAACCCCGUCACCAUCAAAUUCAACCUUGCCAGCGCCCCCGGCGCCGCCACGCUGCGCAUUGCCACGACCCUCAGCUUCGCAGGGAGCCGGCCCCAGGCGACCGUCAACGGCUGGACGGGGCCCGCGCCAGCGGCACCCACCAAGAUCGACAGCCGCGGCGUCACCAGAGGCGCCUACCGCGGCCAUGGAGAGGUGUACACCGUGAGCAUCCCCGCCGGCACGCUAGUGGCUGGUAGCAACACCCUCACCAUCCGCUCCCUGUCUGGCAGCAGUGGAACCACGUUCCUGAGCCCCAACUUUAUCUUUGAUGCUGUUGAGCUCUACACAGCCUAGUUCUGCUGCUUCAAGGAUGUGGGAGGUGGCUCUGUAACCGAAUCUGGGGCCCUAACACUUCCAGGAAUGCUUCUUGUAUAUAGAUUUGAGUUUGACAUUACCAUGUCAGUAUCUAGUAAUCCACGUCAACGUGUCGAAGAGGGUUUCACUUUGUCCUGGGCUGGUAUUGCCACCGUUGUGCAAGCGUCUCCGUACCAGUUUUUCCCUCUUCCCCCCCUUUCUCUCUUCUUUUUUGUUUCACCGUUCUACCCAAGACAAUGCGCUCUGACUUACUGGUAUUAGACGGUGUAUAUCAAGCAUUCUGGAGAUGACUAAC